AUGGCCCCGAUCUCUAAGACUCUUGCCCUUGCUGGCGCUCUCUUUGCUAUGGCUGGUGUCGCUGCUCCUAUCGAGAAGCGCGCUGUUGUGUGGGAAACUGUCACCGACAUUGUCUGGACCACUGUCGAUAUCACCACCACCGUCUACCCCCAGGAGUUCGUCGCUACCGCGACUGUGGUCCCAGUGACCACCUCCGCCGCUGCCGAGACUGCUCCCACCGAGAAGUCUAAGCCCGAGGAAUACCGCCAGGCUCACACUACCUCGACCAGCACCAGCUCUACUGUCACUCCGGCUCCUGCUCCCGAGACUACCGAGCAGCCUACCACUGUCGCUGCCGCUGUCGUCGAGCCCACUACUUCUGCUGCUCCCGUUGUCGAGGCCACUACUUCUGCCGCUGCCGUUGUUGAGCCCACUACCUCUGCUGCCCCCGUUGUUGAGGCUACCACUUCCGCUGAGCCUACUUCGACCUCCACUGCUGCUGCUGUCGCUACCUCUGCCUCCACCAGCUCCUCCGACUACAGCGGCUCCUGCUCCGAGAGCUCCCCCUGCACCGGACAGAUGACCUACUACGACACUGCCACCUCUGCCAGCAACCCUAGCUCCUGUGGCACCACCAACGAUGGUCUGACCGAGCUGGUUCUCGCCCUGCCUGUCGGCAUCAUGACUGACUCCGACUGUGGUAAGACUGUUACCAUCAGCUACGGCGGUGUCACCAAGACCGGUACCGUUGUCGACAAGUGCAUGGGCUGUGACGACACCUCCGUCGAUCUGUCGCGCGCCUUCUUCGAGGCCUUCGACUCCCUGUCAGCUGGUCGUAUCUCCGGCGCUACCUGGUACAUCAACUAA